AAGUGCUCUAUCAGAACUAAAUCGCUGAGCCCGUCACCUGUAUUUCAGGAGCUGAACCAGAAAUGUCGUCCUCAGGCACGUCAGACUUACCUGUCCCACUCACCAACUUGAAGUUUCAAUAUACUAAGAUAUUCAUAAACAAUGAAUGGCAUAAUUCAGUGAGUGGCAAGAAAUUUCCUGUCUUUAAUCCUGCGACUGAGGAGAAACUCUGUGAGGUAGAAGAGGGAGAUAAGGAGGAUGUUAACAAAGCAGUGAAGGCUGCCCGCCAGGCUUUUCAGAUUGGCUCCCCAUGGCGUACUAUGGAUGCUUCAGAGAGGGGCCGGCUCCUGUACAAGUUGGCUGAUCUGGUUGAGAGAGAUCGCCUGCUGCUGGCAACAAUGGAGUCAAUGAAUGGUGGGAAACUCUUUGCCAAGGCAUAUCUGAUGGAUUUAGAAGGCUGCAUAAGGACAUUACGCUACUGUGCAGGGUGGGCUGACAAGAUCCAGGGUCGUACAAUACCUAUUGAUGGAAACUUUUUUACUUACACAAGACAUGAGCCUAUUGGUGUGUGUGGCCAGAUCAUUCCUUGGAAUUUCCCGUUGGUUAUGUUAAUUUGGAAGAUAGGGACUGCCCUUAGCUGCGGAAACACUGUGGUUAUCAAGCCGGCAGAGCAAACUCCUCUCACUGCUCUUCACAUGGCAUCUUUAAUAAAAGAGGCCGGGUUUCCUCCUGGAGUCGUGAACAUCGUCCCCGGUUACGGCCCAACGGCAGGGGCUGCCAUUUCGUCUCACAUGGAUGUGGACAAAGUGGCCUUCACUGGAUCUACAGAGGUUGGCAAAUUGAUCAAGGAAGCUGCUGGGAAAACCAAUCUGAAGAGGGUGACCCUGGAGCUCGGCGGCAAGAGCCCCUGCAUUGUGUUUGCUGAUGCAGACUUGGACACUGCUGUCGAAUUUGCACACCACGGGUUAUUCUACCACCAGGGCCAAUGCUGUACAGCUGCAUCCCGGCUUUUUGUGGAAGAAUCCAUUUACGAUGAGUUUGUCCGACGGAGUGUUGAACGGGCUAAAAAGUAUGUUCUUGGAAAUCCUCUCACCCCAGGAGUCAAUCAAGGCCCUCAGAUUGAUAAGGAACAAUAUCAAAAAAUACUUGAACUCAUUGAGAGUGGAAAGAAAGAAGGGGCCAAACUGGAAUGUGGUGGAGGACCAUGGGGAAACAAAGGCUACUUUAUCCAGCCCACGGUUUUCUCGAAUGUGACAGAUGAGAUGCGCAUCGCCAAGGAGGAGAUAUUUGGGCCAGUGCAGCAAAUCAUGAAGUUUAAAUCUGUGGAUGAUGUGAUCAAGAGAGCAAACAAUACAUUCUAUGGCUUAGCAGCAGGAAUCUUCACCAAAGACCUUGAUAAAGCCAUAACAAUCUCCUCUGCUCUGCAGGCCGGAACAGUGUGGGUGAAUUGCUAUAGUGUGGUAUCUGCCCAAUGUCCCUUUGGUGGAUUCAAGAUGUCUGGAAAUGGACGAGAACUAGGAGAAUACGGUUUCCACGAGUAUACAGAGGUUAAGACGGUCACGAUGAAAAUUUCUCAGAAGAACUCAUAAAGAAACUACAAGGAGAGAGAGAAGAAUACUCAAUGGUUAAGCAUCUCGUGCAGUCACUAAUAUAUUAUGGUGGUUUUUAAACACAAAAUUGUUGUUUUCUUGAUUUUUAAAAACAUAAGCUAAUCACAUGAGCACUAACACUACACAUAGAAUACUUGGUGUGUAGCUUAUACUGAAUCAUUUACCUUCUGAUAUGUGACCUCCAAGUCCUACAUGUAAUAAAAUGAUGGAUUCAGAUACAAGAUAUCUCUAGUUCCAUAAUAGUCAUGCAGUUUUCUUUGUAGCUACUUGUCCAGGAUUAUCAUUGUGUAGAAGAGAACCAGUUGUCACUUCGCUUCUUUCCAUUAACAUACCUGUUAACUGCAGAGCACAUGUGCUCUGUUGCCAGUAGCUGUGAAGUCUUUCGAGUUUAUUGAAAUGUGUUCUAGAAUGUCUUGUCUUCCUUUCAAAUGAAGUAAUCCCUGAGAUACUUAGCUGUAAUCUAAUCAUAAAGCUUAAUAAAAACAACCUUGCAUGA